CACACCCCUUUCUGUGCUCUCAGUGGAUAGACUCAUCCUCACAUGGUUGGAGUGAGUGUGUUGUGGAGUUGUGAGAGACACAGGAAUACAUCCAGUACUUAGAGGAAACAUUACCUGAGCUGUGCUCGGAGACAUUCAAAUCGCAGAAGCUUGGAUACUUUGUUUAAAAACGGAAGCGGACCAUUUCUCCACACCUGAGGAAAACCCACCUUAGGGCUGAUCAGGACCAUGAAGUCUAAAAAUAGGAAUAUGGCUUUUUGGAAACGUAUCUGAUCCAUUGGUUCUACCUCAGACUUUAAAUCAUGGGGAACGUUGAGAGCCAAAAUGGAGACCACACCUACCACAGCGACAGGCAGGGCCACCUAUCACGAAAGCACAUGACCCGAUCGCUUCGCAUCUCCAACAAGCAUUCUCGCCGUUUACGUCACGCCUCAUCCUGCAAGGGUGAGCACCCCAACUCUGAGACCAGUACCAGAUCCAGCAGCACCCCUUCCAUCCCACAAUCCCUUAGUGAAAACGGCCUCGAACCCUUUAAUAAAACAAAUGUUCUGGAGGGCUAUGGAGGAACCAUUUGGGUUGACCGGAUGGCCAUUAACCUACGACCAGUGUCUUUCCACGACAACAUUGGGGAUCCCACCAUCACGCCAGGCUCGGAGGAUGGUGUAGAGAUGGACACCGUGGUUCCAGAAAGCUGUGAUGAAACUAGACUUUUCAUGAGCGAAGACACGUAUCUGCAGAGAACUAGAGAUGGUCCUCGGGAAGGCAGCAGCUUUAAGAAGAAACGCUCCAAAUCUGCAGAUAUGUGGAGAGAGGAUUCAAUGGAGUUCUCGCUCUCUGAUCUAAGCCAAGAGCAUCUGGCCAGCACAGAGGAGAUCAUCGGGCGGAGCGAGGAUAAAGGAUUCGCUAACUGUGGAGGUAGACAUCACACCUCCAGCCCACGGACGCUUGAGACUCGUUCCGGAGAGAGAGCAAACUCUUUGGAUGAACUUUGCGCGCAGAGGCUACCUCCUCUCCGUGGCUCACACCAUCACUAUAACGGUCAUGGUUCUGAGAGGACCAAAGGGGGAGUGAUGAACGGCGAGGUUUUGUCUCCCUCAGAGGAGGAAGGGAACGGAUAUGGAGCGUACACUCUUCCUUGUCGCCGCUCUCACUGCUUGUCGGAGGGGCUGUCCAAUCACAAGGCUCCCAUCUGCUCACGUAUGCAAGGCCGACGUGCGCAAACAACACAUGAUAUCACGGCAGGUGAAGGUAGCGAGUAUGGAGACAGUGGAAUCGACGGCGGUAUGGCUGAAAUCGAACACUCGUCACGUCGUUGCAAGGCCAUGUCUGCGUCUUUCUCAGUGUACUCCACUGCUAGCGGGAGCAUCUUCGCAGGAAGCGACAGUGGUAGCAGCAGCGGAGGUGGAGGAGAUCGCGAACGCCAGUCGGGUGGAGAUCAAGGGGUGUACGAGAACUUCCGUCAGGAGCUGGACCUGAACUCCAGACAGACGCGGGAAUGCCUGGAGGAAGCCGGAUCGGCCGCUAGCGAUGAUAGGAGCAGCGGAACUCUCAGCUCUGCUUAUCCAUCGGACAAUUUGCUCAUCACGGCCCACGGCACGGUACGGAAGGCUGGCAUGCUGGCGGUGAAGAACUUCCUGAUGCAUAAGAAGAAUAAGAGGGUGGAGCCUGCAGCAAAAAGGAAGUGGAAGCAAUAUUGGGUGUCACUGAAAGGGUGCACUCUGUUUUUCUACGAAACUGAUGGACGUUCUGGGAUUGACCACAAUAGCAUUCACAAGCACGCUGUGUGGGUAGAAAACAGCAUUGUCCAGGCUGUCCCUGAACAUCCCAAAAAAGACUUUGUGUUUUGCUUAAGCAACGCACUGGGAGAUGCCUUCCUAUUUCAGACUUCAGGUCAAACGGAGUUGGAAAACUGGAUAACCGCCAUUCACUCAGCCUGCGCUGCGGCCGUCGCCCGCCAGCACCACCGCGAUGACACGGUACGACUGGUGCGAUCCGAGAUCAAGAAGUUAGAACAGAAGAUCGACAUGGAUGAAAAAAUGAAGAAGAUGGGUGAAAUGCAACUCUCUUCUGUCACAGAUGCAAAAAAGAGGAAGACUAUUCUGGAACAGAUAUUCCUCUGGGAGCAGAAUUUGGAGCAGUUUCAUAUGGAUCUGUUUCGGUACCGCUGUUACCUGUCCAGCCUGCAGGGCGGCGAGCUUCCAAAUCCCAAACGCCUACUCGCAGUUGCUUCCCGCCCUACCAAGCUGUCCAUGGGUCGUCUGGGCAUUUUUUCCGUGUCAUCCUUCCAUGCCCUGGUGGCAGCGAGAACGGAUGGUGGCAUUCGGAGACGCACACAGGCUCUGUCUCGUUCAUCCAGUAAACGAAAGAGCCGCUUUUCUUCUCUGUGGGGUCUGGACACUACCUCCAAAAAGAAAACCAAAGGCAGACCCAGCAUCAACCAGGUGUUUGUGGACGGAGAAGAUUCGGUUCCGAGGAGUAUCGAGCACGUGUUCGAGGAUGCUGUAUAGGAGAAUCUGAAGGAUGAAGAUGGUUCAGUGAAAAGUCUACCCCAACACAAGCCGGACAGUGAAGUUUGGGUUCCGGACUACCUCACACCAUCCUGGGUCUCUUUAGCUGAUGAUAGACCCGUGUUGGCGAUAAUACAGCCGGGAGAGACCGCCAUGGAGGCGCUGGAAGCCCUGUGCAAGACUCAUGGACUGGAUCUUUCCAAGUACUAUUUACGGCUGAAGUUCCUCGUUGACAAUGAAAUGCAGUUGUACGUCCCCAGACCCGAAGAGGACCUGUGUGACCUGCUCUACAAAGAGAUUGAAAUAUGUGCCAAAACAACCAAAGUCAUCCAGUUUGAUAGAGAUGAGUCCUGUGCAAUUGGUUAUGGUUUCUCUGUGGAUGUUGUGGAGGAGGACGGUAGGCAGCAGCUUCAUAUCACUGAUGUGAAAGCCGGGGGUCUGGCAUUCGCCAAAGGUCUGCGAGCAGGUGAUGAGAUUCUGAAGCUAAACAGUAAGCCAGCGAGCGCAUUGGAACUGGCAGACAUGCAGGCAGCGUUCUCUUUGCCCUCUCUUACCCUCACUGUCAGCACGCUGCCCACUGCUGAGCCACACCAGCUGUGCCAGCAUCCCCCCCGUCGAUCAGACGGGGCACAGGAUCUCCGCACUGACAUCUUCUCACAGAGCCAAGAGGACAUCCUGGAUGAAGGUGUUGGCUUGGUGCUGCACAGCCCGACUGACUCUGGAGAAGACCGGGUACAUUUAGCAUCCGAGAGCCCCGCUGACAGCCUGGAGGACGAAAUAGAUUCAGCACACAAGAGUACAGAGCAGAUGACAACUUUCUGCCGUAACCUCCACAAUAUGAAUUCUCCAGAGGGUCCCGUUUCCUGUUCUUCCUCUUCCUGCACAUCUUCCUCAUCUUCAUCCUGCGUGCCUAGUCCCAUCUCACCCAUGCCUGUGCUCUUCACCCCCCGCCAGCUGUCUGACGCGGAUAAACUGCGUAAGGUCAUCAGUGAGCUGGUGGACACGGAGAAGACCUAUGUCAAGGACCUGAACUUUUUAAUAGAGCGUUACCUAAACCCCCUGCAGAAGGAGAGCUUCCUCCCACAAGAUGAACUGGAUGUGCUUUUUGGGAACUUGGUGGAGAUGGCUGAAUUUCAAUUCGAGUUUCUCAAAACUCUGGAGGACGGUACCAGACUCAUUCCAGAUUUAGAUCAACUGGAAAGAGUGGAUCAGUUCAAGAAAGUUCUGUUUUCUCUUGGCGGGUCCUUCCUGUACUAUGCAGACCGUUUUAAGAUCUACAGUGCGUUUUGUGCCAGCCACACAAAAGUCCCCAAGGUGCUCUUUAAAGCUAAAACCGAUCCGGAGUUCAAGGCGUUCCUGGCUAAGAGGAAUCCCAGGCAGCAGCAUUCCUCCACGCUGGAGUCCUACCUGAUCAAACCCAUUCAGAGAGUCUUAAAAUACCCACUGCUCCUCAGAGAACUUCACUCUCUCACUGACCCUGACAGCGAGGAACACUAUCACCUGGAUGUUGCCAUGAAAGCCAUGAACAAAGUGGCCAGUCACAUCAAUGAGAUGCAGAAGAUCCACGAGGAGUAUGGAGCUGUCUUUGACCAACUCAUCAGUGAGCAGAGCUCUGAGAAAAAAGAGGUCGCUGAUCUGUCAAUGGGUGACCUCCUGCUGCAUGACACGGUGGUCUGGAUGAACCCACCCUCUGCUCUGAUGAAAGGGAAGAGAGACCCAGAGCUGGCUGCCUUUGUUUUCAAGACGGCGGUUGUUUUUGUGUAUAAGGACUGCUCCAAGCACAAGAAAAAAAUCGGUGGAUCUCACAGAGCGUCAGUCCUGGAUGAGAGAGACCCAUUCCGUUUUAGACACAUGAUCUCUACUGAUGCUCUCCAAGUUCGCAACCUCCCGAAUUCAGACGGCUCCGCAAUGUGUGAGAUCGUUCAUGUGAGGUCAGAAUCUGAAGGGAGACCCGAGAGGACCUUCCAUAUCUGCUGCAGCUCUCCAGAGAGUAAAAAAGACUUCCUGAAGACGGUUCAUUCCAUCUUGAGGGUCAAACAGCGCAGGCAGUUAAUGCAGACCGAGAGUUUACCUCCAAAUCAGCAGUAUAUUCCCUUCGGAGGGCAGCGGCUUUCUGCGCUAAAAGGCUCACAACCCAUCAUGAACAGAGCGGUUUCGGCCCCAUCUCGAACCCUCGGGCGACGAAAGAUGAUUCAUAACCGUUUCACCAUAGACACUGAUGUGAUUUUCAACGAUGCCUCGUACCGAGACCUGUCACCCGUUACGCCGACAGACUCCCCGCCAUCCAAGAUGUCCUCAUCGGCCCAGCAGCCAAUGGGAGACACGGACCGGUGGGUGGAGGAUCAGUUCGACCUGCAGAUCUACGAAAACCAGGACGACGUCAAGGAGACGGACAUCCUCAGCGACGAUGACGAGUACUGCAAAUCCGUCCGGGGCCCGUCUUCCGAACCGAGCCUGGAGGAGUCUUUAGAAGCCCUUAGCGUGGAGGGAGAUGAAGAGAAGCAAGAAGACAAGGGACUCGACGGGAUCCCGGAGGACAAGUCGUCUCCGAGAUCUCACGCCCCUCUGAAGCUGACCCUUCUGAGAAAGCAGUGUGCGGUGGAGAGCGUCGCUUCAGAGAGGGAUUGUGAGGUCGUUUGGGUUCGCAGGGACGAUUUUAGCAACGGCUGCAACAGCGACAUCUUCUGAGCGGAAAGGGGAUGCUUUAUAGACUCUUAUGAGCUCACCAGAAACAGAUACCUACGGAGUCCAUGCCUUUGUGGACGUGAUGCACCGACAAUCCUGCUGAAAGAAACAACUUUGAAUUUGUGUACAUUUGUUUCAAGACACUUUAAUUGAGUCCAGACAUCACAAGAACAUUCAGAAGCCGACUGUACAGCCAAUGUAUUAAUAGAGGCUUUAUACUGAUGCCUGACUUGCACGUGCAGACCACAGGCAGCUACACUUUUGUUUUGUUCACUUUUCAUUUAAAUGUAAAAACGUGCUUCGUGUUCCCUCCACACUUUUAUUAUUCAGGGAUUUGUGACUAACGCUUAAAAAUAAUCUCGCUAUGUAUUUGUAAUGGCUACGCACAAGUGAUUUAUCCAGCACCUCUUUUUAUUUAGCGUUACAUUCCCUGUAAGUCACAACAGUUCAUCUCUAGUUGUUUAAUGCCACCCCUGUUACAAACUUAAGAGUUUCUUGCUUAUGCUGUCUUUGUUCGUUUUUGAUUUUAGGUCACAGGAAACCAGUAUUAAAGAAUGCUGUUUACAAAUGCGUAAGAAUACAGAUGUGCUUUCAUUUUAAAUAAGAACUGCAAUCAUGUUAUUUGGUACUAAAACGUCCCACAGGCCUCAUGGCAUUUAAAUGCGAAAGGCAUUACAAAGCGAACACCCAUACAAACUGAUAAUGUAGCAGAUUUGUUCUUUUCGUACUAAAUUUGUUUUAACAAGAUUAUGAAUUUUUAGGAGUUUGAAUCUUUUUGACGUUUUGUACAUUUGGUAAAGAUAAUGAUGGCCAUGACCAUAUAUUUUCAACACGAGAGAGGCCCUUCCACUUUUGAAAAACAAUCAUUUAUACUUCAGCCAGCAAACCCGUUUCAUCUGUUCGAGUAACAUGUGUUGUAUUUAAGACAGGAAUUGAAAGACGUCUCCUUUUUCACCCUCUGCCUUUUUGAAACCGUGUAUGUUCAUACUGUGGAAAUAAUUCUUAACCUUAAAUAAAAUUUUCCUAAUUUA